AGUAUUUGAUGUAAUUUUAAGCUACAUUGGUAAAACAAAGUUUAAGUAUUAAUAAUAAAUAUUUUUCAUGGUGGUGCUUUAAAGGGGAUGAUUUUGGAGAGAUUUUAAUCAUGUUUUUCUCAUUAUGUAGGUUUACAUAAAGACCUAGAUGAGCAAACAGCAUGGCAACAAUAUACAUACAUAUAUAUGUAUGUGUGUGUGUGUGUGUGUGUGUUCAGACAGAAGUGUAGUUGUGUAUACAAUAAUAUUUCUACAGGGAGAAUACAGAAAAAAAUAUGUCAUAAAAAUAAAGCAAUGUUUGAAAAGCUGAACCGAAACAUGCAGUAAUUGGGGUAAUACCUCCUUUAAAUUUAACAGAAUACAUUUCUUUUUUGCUAAAGGGAGAUGGAAAAACGAGGGGGAGGAGUGUGACCGAGUAUGAAUGAAGCUACUGGAGCGAGAGAGAGAGAGAGAGAGAGAGAGAGAGAGAGAGAGUUUGUCAUGUUCCUGCUAUUCAAGCAUGCAGUUUUGUUUAAUGUUCAGUUAGGAGUUCUCCAAGAAGAACAGAUGAAGCUGUAGGUGUGAAGGAUUCAUCAGGACACUGAAGACUGACACACUGUGGUGGAUCGGCUGAAUCAGGAUCACUGCUAGACUAAAUGCAACAUUCCCUUUAGCUGGAAGCAGACCACGUAUCUGAGUGCACCAUGGAUUUUGUGAUGAAGCAAGCGCUGGGUGGGGCAACCAAAGACAUGGGGAAGAUGUUAGGAGGAGAGGAAGAGAAGGACCCUGAUGCCCAGAAGAAAGAAGAAGAGAGACAGGAGGCGCUCAGACAACAAGAAGAGGAGCGAAAGGCCAAACAUGCUCGUAUGGAAGCCGACAGGGAAAAGGUCAGACAGGCCAUUCGAGAUAAGUAUGGUCUAAAGAAGAAAGAAGAGAAGGAGGCAGAGGAGAAAGCGGCUAUGGAGCAAGCAUGCGAAGGCUCCUUGACUCGCCCCAAAAAGGCCAUCCCAGCAGGCUGUGGGGCGGAAGACGACGAGGACGAGGAGAGCAUUCUAGACACCGUUCUCAAAUUCCUGCCGGGACCUCUGCAGGACAUGUUUAAAAAGUGACAGACAUGAAGCUGUUUCUCAAGGAAGGUGGAUGAGGGGGGAAUUUUGCCAAACAGGUGAAAGGCUUUUCACUGCCUUGACAGAAUUUUAAUCGCUCCUCUCUUAUGGAUAGAUACACAAAUCAUAACCCGCCAACGUUCGGUCUUUUCACUGCCAUUCAGGUUCAGGUUGUUUACACUUUCUAUAAGUCUCUGUGUUUGUUUACUGACCACCAGGGUCUCUGAUGCUGCCUUAGGUACUCCACCAUCAGCCCGACAGAAACAGCACAUUACAGCUUGAGCUCUGCCACUGGGAAUAGAUCGGUUUAGUUAAAACCCAAGAGGAUUUUAAAACUCUAGCUUGAUAUAACUGUCCCGUUUUCACCGAAAAAUUGUCAGUGCUGAAUGCAGCUCUACUGCUUUGACUAGUUGCAUGAGGUCAAAAUCCUACUACUGUAUAUGAUGAAUUAUGUUUGCCAUCAGUGAGUUUGAUGAUACGGCGCCAUCUGUGACAAUGAGAGACGCUGAUAAACUGUGUUAGAUGUGCCACGUUAGACCGCCUGAACGCUCAGAUGGUUUGCAGCCUGGCAGUUCUCACUCGUCUAUGAUGUAUUAUUUAUUUAGAUUUUAUAUUUUAUUCUUGAUUUGAAAACAAGUGAUAUUCACGUUAGCCUUGCCAGCAAAAGAUCAGGAAAAGCUCAGUAAGUACUAGAUCUGUCUGUGACAACACCACAGUUUAUCAUUGCACACACCGGACCAAAUCAUCUUUACAAUUAAGAGUUAUUCAGGACGAUUGGAGAUCCCAAACCCUUUUAGUGUGCAUUCAGAAGUCAGUCAGUGUUUCACAGCACAUUCAUCCCGAUGAUCUGAUGCUAGAUUACUCACACAUGACAAUCAGAAAUGAACUGGUCUCUUUCAAAAAAACUUUUUUAUGUUUGUUAUCUGUUCAAAUUGUAUGUAAAAUUAAAGAUGGGUCACAAAUAAUUUGGGAUGUUCUGCUAUAUUAGAAUGACUGCUUGCUGAAUAUUAUGUAAAGGUUUGAUUUUAGUUUUUAUUGUAGAAAAAAAAACAAGCCUAAGUGUAGUAUAAUGAAUUUAGGAUUAUUGCAUAAAGUGAAGGCUUUGUUUUAUAUGGAAACCAGUUUCCGCCACUGAAUUAAAAUUAUAAAAGGUAAUUGCAUCUUUUCAUCUCACAAUGCUGACUUUUUUUCUUGCAAUCACAGUCUGGACUUUGUUUCUCACAGUUCAGAUUGGUGAGAUAUAAACUCAGAAUUGCAAUAUGUAAACUUGGUAUUACGAGAAAACAAGACAGAAUUCUACGGAAAUUCUACGUUUUUUUCUUCUUAGAAUUCUGAGAAAUUCUGUGCUUUGUUUUCUGCAUAAAAAAAAAAAAUCAAAAUUCCAAAUUCUUUUUUUCCAUGCAGUUGUCCGUUAAUAACUUUCAGUUCAUCUCAGAUAUAAAUUUGCAAUUACAUGAAAAACAAAACAUGGUUCACUAAAUAUUUGUGAUGUUCCUUAAUAUCAGAGUAACUACCUUAGCUGAAUAGUUAUGUGAAGAUAAAAACUUGCAUAAUGUAUGAAAUUAUGGAAAAGGGCUUUAGUUUUAAAUGAUGUUUUUGAAAAUAAUUAUUAAUCGAUUAAAUAUAUAUAUAUUUAUACAUGCAAAAUUAUAUACAAAAUUACAUUAAUUAUAAGAAUGCAUGAGCUUCAAUCACAACAGUAAAAAAUACCAAAGAGAAAAUGAACCACACCGUAGUACUGUGCUGACAGUUCUAUUAUAACAGUAUGAAAAUAUUUCUAUAAACUGUUAAAUUCACACAUCUGAUCAACAACAAUCAUUCCUGCUGUGAAACACAAUAUAUCUGCAUGAUCAUUUUUAAAAAUGCUGCUUAAAAUAUUCAUCUUACUGCUGGCAAAUCUAAUGUGGGGUUGCAAAUAUGAUGACUUAGGGCUUUUUUAUUUCUGUUAUUAAUGUCCUUAUGUUUUUAAGCAUUGAGUAAACACUGCCAUUUGAUAAACAUGUUUGAUGCAUAUUUCGGGCGAGGGAUACAUGUUUACAUAAAUGUUUAUGAACACUGGGGUAAAGAGGCAAACAUAUUUUGUAAAGUAAUUCUCAAAUGGGUAUUGUAUUGCAUGAUGGGAAAUACAAACCUAUACGUUUUCAUUUCAAAAAGUCAGUAGUUAUAUGUUUUCCAGUCAGUCAGAUUAAAAAUGUGUCCCUUUAUAAACUCUGUUAGCAAAUGAAAUAACGACAGGAUUAUAUCCGUACCCAUUAGGCUGGUUGUUCUGUGAUCAAAAUGCUUUAAGAUUGUAAAGUUUGUAAAAAAAAAAAUAUCUUAGUAAAAACAGAAUUACAUACUUUAGAAUAGCACAUGCUACACACAAGUAGACUUUAAUUUUAACAGUGCGGAAUAAUUUUUUUUAAAAAUUACAUUAGAAAGAAAGAAUGAGAUCGACUUUUUCAUUUUUGUAGUGCUGUAAGAUUUUCCACUAGUCAAAGCCAUAUUGUUAGACUGCAAUAAUUAAUGAAAAAAUAAUCAUCUUGUAGUCUUGCAUCUGUUUCCUGUAUGUUGAAAUCUAUUUAACUCUUAGUAGUACGUCAGAAAGUGUAUUUACUUUCUAUAGAGAGAGAGAGAGAGUCUUUAGUACAGUGUGCUGUACUGUAUGUGCUGUUUGUUUUCAAUGUACAUGUGUAUUUAUGUGUGUCUGUAACUCUUUGUGCUGUACAAUGUUAUUUCAUGUUGUACCACUGAUGUCUCUUUUGUGCGUACAGUCUAAAGCAGGCUGUGUCCGCUGUCAUGAAGACGGAGGAACCGGGAUAUAUGAGAGUCCUAAUGUUCAUGUAUGCAUGCAGAUCAACUUUGCAUUAAAUACCAAAUCUGAGCGUCAGGUUGUGCCUGUUUAUGUAUCACUGUCCCUGCAACAGAAGCUGCACCCUUUAUCCAGGGAUGUGUUCCCAUCUGUCUAUUGAGAUACGAUGAAUUUUCAGGCCUAUUAUUCAGGUUGACAGAAUGGAGAGAUCAUUUCAAAACCAUUGCUAAUACUCAUCUAGGGUCAUUUCUUGUCGUUUAUCAUACGCAACUUGAUCUCAGACAGAAAAUGUGAUAUUAUAUUAGUUGUACUUCCAGUAUUCCUCUUGUCGUAAAGACAUUGUGUGUUCAUCACUUCAUGACAUUUAAACACCAAGUCAACAAGUAUUUGGACACUUUUUGGUCGUACUUAAAUGUGAUUAGAUAGAAAAUAUCAAGUGUCAUCUGAAGACAAACGAUUCUAGUCCUUGAACUUCAGUUCAUCACAGUUUAUCACAUCUAAUGUCAUUCAGUUUGGAGUUUUUUCAAGUUGUUAUAUAGUGCACCAAAAAAAAUUAUUAAUUUCUCCUCUGUUCAAAUACUUUUUGAGGUCACAGUAUAGUUGGUUGAUUCCCCACAGAAGCAAAACUAUUUAGGUCUAAUUUCUUUUCAUUUGUGUCACAGACGAAUUUGGAAUUUCUCAUUUUAUGUAAUUUUUCGAUUACAUGAAUAAACUGGGUGAAAGGGC